AUGGAUGUGGAUAGUCGUACACUAAGUACCAAUCUUAGUGAGAGAUUCACUGAAGCACUCAAUUCUCUUCAGGCAUCAGACCUAGAGAACAUUUUUUCAGAUAUAGAUAAAACGGGUAGCGAAUUUGAUUCAAAAUCGGAGGACUGUGAAUAUUAUGAAGAUUCGGAUGGAGAGGAAAUUGAUGGAGAAGAGGUAUAUAACCACCAAGAGUCAGAUGGAGAAGAGGUAUAUAACCACCAAGAGUCAGAUGGAGAAGAGGGAUAUAAUUACCAAGAGACAGAUGGAGAAGAGGGAUAUAACCACCAAGAGUCAGAUGGAGAAGAGGGAUAUAACCACCAAGAGACAGAUGGAGAAGAGGGAUAUAAUUACCAAGAGACAGAUGGAGAAGAGGGAUAUAAUUACCAAGAGACAGAUGGAAAUCAAAGAAACAAUGGGAAUAUAAAUAGAAUCAGAGGAAACAGUUACAACAACAUAGGUUCAUUAGAUAAUGGGUUAAGCGCUUCUAACAACAACUGGGAUGACAUUGAAGAUAAUAUUUCUGAUUAUCCAGAAGAUGAGUUUGAUUCAGAUGAUUCGGAUGCGGUAAACAGAGUCUUAAACUGGUUAGACCGUGUAGCAGCCCUGGAAAAUAACUUUGAUGAAGAAUCAGAAUGCAGCGAAUUGGAUUGGACUACGUUUCGUCGUAAAUACAGUGAAAUUUCUCGUUUACAACCUGGAGAGUUGGGCCUAAUCCCAGAUAUUUCAAAUAUUCCUUCAAAGACUUCCCACGGGCCUUCAAAUAAGAAAAGGCUCGUCAUAUUUGGUGCUACCAAUAAUAAUUAUACACUGGAUCAGUUGUUGAUGAUAUUUCCUGAAAUUACGGUUGAGGUGAUUAAAUCGGCAUUCCCUUUAGCCAGCCCUGACGCUGAACCUAUCAUAUAUUCUGAUUCCAUUAAACUAUUUCCAAUGUUCACAGUUAGCGAAACUCCAAGUUUCAACAAAUCAUACUUUUCGUUUAGGAAUAUAUCGGGAUCUCAGAAAAUUAUGUUUGUGACAACAAAUUUUGUGGACGAACAGUUUUUUAAAGGCAAUUUACGUUAUACGAAUGCCAUAUGGUUUAGGACGCAGUCCGGAGGGGGGUCGUCAACAAAUGAAGAAGGUUCACCAUCUUCUGACGAGGAUAGAAAACCUUAUGAGGAAAAAGAAUCAGGUUUUGACUUGUAUAAUUUCGAAUCUCAGCAUGUUAGAAUACCUUACGACGAGAUUCAGCAAAGUCAGCAGGUACAAUUGCCUCAGCUGGUACAUCAGCCUUUGUUUGUUCAGCAACCUCAUCAGCAGUUACAAUUGCCUCAGCUGGUACAUCAGCCUUUGUUUGUUCAGCAACCUCAUCAGCAGUUACAAUUGCCUCAGCUGGUACAUCAGCCUUUGUUUGUUCAGCAACCUCAUCAGCAGUUACAAUUGCCUCAGCUGGUACAUCAGCCUUUGUUUGUUCAGCAACCUCAUCAGCAGUUACAAUUGCCUCAGCUGGUACAGCAGCCUUUGUUUGUUCAGCAACCUCAUCAGCAGUUACAAUUGCCUCAGCUGGUACAGGAACAUUUUCAGGAGAAUCAGCAAUCACAUCAAGAGAUUGAACAAUCUUCUCAGAUAAAUGAACCUCUUUAUGAUCCUAUUGAAUUACCUUGCUUGAUUCAACCAUUUUCUGAAAAAGUUCAGGAACCUGUUGUUCAGCAACAACCGAUGGUUCAGGAACCUGAGGAAGUUCAGGAAUUUGAAGAAGUUCAGGAAUUUGAGGAAGUUCAGGAACCUGAGGAAGUUCAGGAAUUUGAAGAAGUUCAGGAAUUUGAGGAAGUUCAGGAAUUUGAAGAAGUUCAGGAAUUUGAAGAAGUUCAGGAAUUUGAAGAAGUUCAGGAAUUUGAGGAAGUUCAUGAAUUUGAAGAAGUUCAGGAAUUUGAGGAAGUUCAGGAAUUUGAAGAAGUUCAGGAAUUUGAAGAAGUUCAGGAAUUUGAAGAAGUUCAGGAAUUUGAGGAAGUUCAGGAAUUUGAAGAAGUUCAGGAAUUUGAAGAAGUUCAGGAAUUUGAAGAAGUUCAGGAAUUUGAGGUUCAACAAGGUGUUACAUUUCCGGACAUACCUUUUCCAGAACAAGUUUGGGUCGAUGUGGGAGAAAAUAAUGAACCUAGGGUCAACGGAUUGAAACGUGAGGAGGAGGAAGAUAAUAAGGAUUCUCUCAAAAAGUUCUUUCAGAAAGUGGACGUGCUUCCAAGUUAUGUAAACAGAUUCAUAUACCUGGAUCUGUCGUCAAGCUUGAUGUAUUUGAAUAAGGAGAUGAGUUUGUUCUUGAGCGACGACCAAACAAAAGAGUCCUUGAACUCAAUGUUCUUGUGUUCGACAUGUAACAUAGGCUUAAAUAAGAAGGACAAAUCAGUGAGCAUGUUAAAAACCCUCAGUAAAAAAAGAACGUCAAUAAAGAAAGCCUGUAAGUCGGUAAAAAAGACGUAUAAGAACCCAGCAUCAUCUCCGAAGAUGUCUCUAAAAAAGAAAACAAAAUCGAAGAUGUCGAUGCUGCUUAUGCGUUUCACAUUAAGGUUGCUGGACAAUAAAUUGUUAAGGUUGAAAGGGUACAUUAAGGAUAAGUUGACAACUUUAUUAUGGACGAAGAAGGAAAGUAACAACAGAAACAAAAAUCUGUCGAUAUUUAAUGGAAUAUUGAGUACGACGUACAAUAACAUGGAUAAAGUUAUCAAUAAAUCAAAGGCAUUGACUAAAGGGCUCAAUAGAGAGUACGGAAGGUUAGAAGACUGGGGGGUGGAAAUAUUCACACACGUGUCGUUCUUUGAUUUCAGCAAAGAUGACAUCAACCAUCUACUGUGGAGCAAAAUUGGAAUUUAUAUGCCAGAGCUUACGCACCAGAUUGAAGACUACAUGAUGUCUGAAUACUGUACGGUUAUGAAGAUGGACAUACUUAAGAUGUGCGGAAUCUCAGUGGAUAAGGAAAACCUGAAUGCUCCACAGAAUGAACUUAAGUUGAAAACGUACCAGGUGAUGACUUGUCAAAUGCCGUACAAGAACAAGUAUGAUAGGGUGGAGACGAUAGAAAUGUCAUUCAACGUGUCACUGAAGAUCAUCAACUAUAGCCCAGAAGGCAUGAUAACGUUCAACCACACUUUUGAAAUGAAGGAAGUAAAUGGACCAUCUCAAACCUGGGAAACAAAUUUACCUCCUUUAACGGACGAGGCCAAUGUGACGAGCAUAAGUGGUGGCUCGGAUCAGAUUAAAGGUGCAGCAGGUAAUGACAUAAUUAAUACAAAAUUUGCAGAAGCCGGCGUUAAACCGCUGGACUGUGAGCUCGUUAAUUCACACGUCAACACUGGGAUGGAGAUCAAUGAUAAACUGAACAAAUACACAUUAAGGCCAACUGGCAAGUUUAAUGUCAUUAGGCCACAGGUGUCGGUGUACCCAAUGUCAAGGACGGUCAGACUGCCAGCUGAAAACAUAUUCAGUGGUACACCGUUAAACGAAGAAAUAUAUAAUGGCGAAUACCUUCCAAUUGUUGACCAGCUAUGGAUAUUGUCCUAUAUCAUGAAUAACAGAGGGCCAAUGGAUUAUCCGGACAGUGUCACACCAUGCAUGGUGUGCUACAGGCUGGCAGUAUCGAAGAUGGACAUGCUGAGGAUCUACAGCUCGGAAUGCAAGUCGCGCCAAUCGUGCGAUUGUGAAGAAAAGAAAGCAAGGACUAUCGAGAAGGUACUGUCAGGAGUGAGAGAGUCGCUGAUGAAAUCACUUAUGACCUACGCAAGCCUGUGCAGAAUACCACAUAUGGAAAGGACAAUCAUGAGCUCGGUAGCAUUCGUGUGUGUGGGAUUCGAAAUGGCCGACGCGCAUGACAAUCUGGAUAAAGAACCGGUCAAAGAUGGAAAGUCCUCGAUACCCUUCAGAGACGUGGAAGUCCCAAGGAUCCUGUACAGAGACGACUUUAAGAAGGCAUUUGAGUCCAUCUACGAGUCGAGACUCAAGAUAGGUAAGGUGAGAAUGCUGCAAAAACCCGUGCCAAUGCCGUCGCUGGAUAACGUACUGUUGGAUUACCUAAAGAAGCAAAGCAUCCCACCUGACGCAACUUACACGGAAGUGGGAAAGAUACUGAUGAAGGGGGUGCAACGUUUCAUAUCAAAUGCAACAGUCAACUGCGAAGAAGAAGCGUGGGAGCUGUACACACCAGAUGACGGAGGACUGAAAGAAGGACAUCCAUUGAAAAACUACACGAAAAACUCGCUCCUCACAGUAAUGACAAACCUGAAGCGUCACAUAAAGAGAAUGACGGAGUACGGAUCAGAACCAACGAACGAAGAGGAUCCAGAGGAAAACAGUGGGCCAGGAAGAAAAAGGAAACUAGUACAGAAUAAGAAACACGAGGAUUACGUGAGGGAGUUGCUCGAAAUUUUCCAGUUGCGCGACUACGUCGUUCCUUACGGAAUAGCUGCAUACAUAAUUGACACUGAUAACUAUUUGUAA